AUUGCAGAACACUAUUGUGAAUUGGAAAUAGAAAUUUCUAUUUUUCACGAAUUUCGCAUAUUUUAAUUAAUUUUUUGUUGUUGAUCAUAAUACCAGAGAAAAAUGGGAGACGAAUAUGAGCCAAUGGAAGCCAGUUUAAAAAAUGUCAUUGAUCAGGCAUCGUUAAAAUGGAUUUUUGUCGGUGGCAAAGGAGGUGUUGGUAAAACAACAUGCAGUUGCAGCUUAGCUGUACAAAUGGCAAAAGUACGGGAGUCCGUAUUGAUUAUAUCCACUGACCCGGCUCAUAAUAUAUCAGAUGCAUUUAACCAGAAGUUCACAAAAGUUCCAACUAAGGUUAGUGGUUUUACAAAUUUGUUCGCCAUGGAAAUUGAUCCCAAUGCGGGACUUAACGAACUUCCGGAUGAAUACUUCGAAGGUGAUAAUGAAGCAUUACGACUAAGUAAAGGAGUUUUACAUGAAGUUGUUGGCGCUUUGCCGGGCAUUGAUGAAGCCAUGAGCUAUGCUGAAGUUAUGAAGCUUGUAAAAGCAAUGAAUUUUUCCGUUGUGAUUUUUGAUACAGCACCUACAGGGCAUACACUGCGUCUAUUAUCAUUCCCUCAAGUUGUGGAAAAAGGUCUUGGGAAACUGUUACGUCUAAAAUUGAAAAUUUCUCCAUUUAUUACACAGUUUGGAAGUCUUCUUGGUAUGCCUGUUAAUGCAGACUCAUUGACUCAAAAACUCGAUGAAAUGUUAAAAAUUAUUCGACAAGUAAACGAGCAGUUUCGCGAUCCUGAUCAAACCACAUUUGUUUGUGUAUGUAUAGCAGAGUUUUUGUCAUUGUAUGAGACCGAACGUUUGGUACAAGAAUUGACAAAGUGUGGCAUUGAUACUCACAAUAUUAUUGUAAAUCAGUUGUUAUUUAUGAAGCAAGAUCAACAGCCUUGCGGCAUGUGCGCUUCCCGGUAUAAGAUCCAAGAAAAAUAUUUGGACCAAAUUGCUGACCUAUACGAAGAUUUUCAUGUAAUAAAACUUCCGUUGCUGGAGAAAGAAGUACGUGGAGCGGAUAAUAUAACAAAGUUUUCAGAAAAUUUAAUAAAACCCUACAACUGUAAUUAGAAAAACAGUAUAAUUUUGAUUUCUGUGAUUCAUACCCAUAAAUAUAAAUACAUCAAUGGUUUGGCUCUAUAAUUUGUAAUAA